UUUCAUCAACGCAAAAAUAAAUUCGAAUUAAAAUUGGGAAGUCUUUGCGCUCUCCACCUCUCGGGGCUUUCUUUUUCCUUCGUUUGGGGUCGAAAAAUUAGGGUUUUUCUUGUCGUGGUUCUGUUAAUGGCGACGACGCAGGGGCAGCAGACGCCGAUUGACUCGGCGGUUUUAGAUGAUAUAAUCAGGCGUCUCACGGAGGUCCGGUUAGCUAGACCAGGAAAGCAAGUCCAGCUCUCGGAGGCUGAGAUCAAACAGCUCUGCAAUACAGCUAGAGAUAUUUUUCUUCAGCAACCCAAUUUGCUAGAGCUUGAGGCACCCAUCAAAAUCUGUGGCGACAUACAUGGGCAGUAUAGUGACUUGCUGAGGCUGUUCGAGUACGGUGGCUUCCCUCCUAGUGCCAACUAUCUGUUUCUAGGGGACUAUGUGGACCGAGGCAAACAGAGUCUUGAAACGAUAUGUCUCUUGCUAGCUUACAAGAUCAAAUACCCAGGGAACUUUUUCCUGCUAAGGGGAAACCACGAGUGUGCUUCUAUCAAUCGGAUUUAUGGGUUUUACGAUGAAUGCAAAAGGAGGUUUAACGUGAGGGUGUGGAAGGUUUUCACUGACUGUUUCAACUGCCUUCCUGUUGCGGCGCUUAUAGACGACAAGAUACUGUGCAUGCACGGUGGACUUUCGCCGGAUCUCAACCAUUUGGAUGAGGUUAGAAGCUUACCACGCCCAACUAUGAUUCCGGACACAGGGCUGCUCUGUGAUCUGCUCUGGUCUGAUCCUGGGAAAGAUGUUAAAGGAUGGGGAAUGAAUGAUAGAGGCGUUUCGUACACCUUUGGUCCGGAUAAAGUCUCUGAGUUUCUAGCGAAGCAUGAUCUAGACCUUGUGUGCCGUGCCCAUCAGUCUGUUCUUGGCAAAUCAAACCAAACAAAUGGAUUUGGUCUUUACUCAGAGAAAUUGAAUCAAACCAUUAAAGAUUUGGCUUUAAAGUGUUGUGCUGAUGGUAGUGAGAACUCAUUGGAAAGGAGCAAAACCUUAGUCUUC